AUGACUAGAGAGAUUGAGGAAAGAGCUGAAAGUCACAGAAAUAUACGUCAGGUGUCUGGAGGUGUUCAAUCGCUAGAAAAGCUGAAAAAUGAGGAAUCAUCGGUAGAUUAUACUAGUGCUGCGUCAGGGAAAUUUAGUGACUGUUUAUUCGGAGCGGAGAAACGUAGUCGCAGUGGUUUUCUAGUCAGAGAUGGUUCUGGGAUGUUCAUGACGCAGAGCAAUCGACAGGUAUUUUCUGUUGCCAGUGUACCAGCUCGGAGGACCGGUGGUGCUACAUAUUCGUUGGGUGCGUCGAGCGGCGGAGAAAGAGAAGACAGUGAUAGGCGGUUAGCAAGGCAGUUUCUGCAAAUUAAUACAGGUGCGGGAACUGGAGAAGAAGUUUGGGGGGUGGGACAGUCCGUUGGAAGUAUGAACGACAGACCUUUUUCAGGGGAGUCGUUUGUUGCGUCAAUUACUGAUAUGUCUCUCCCCCAGCUAUGGGAGCAUGAACUUAGGGGUGGGACCUUCCCAUUAGACCGGUUUAUGACGCACACCACAUUACAUGAUGUUACAGAUGCCUUGGAGGGAGUAGAUAGGAUUCUAGCUGGACUAGAACUUUCUGCCAAGAACGAGCUAACAAUGGACGUGUUUCCGAGGACGACGGAAUUAUCUCACCACGAAGUGUUAUUGCGUAGGAUACAGCAGGAUAUAUCCAAUAUUAGACCUAUACUCCAGGAAUUUGAAGUGCAGGUGCGAGAGCAGCAUAUUAAGGUACUCGAGGAUGCCUUUUGCACAGCAAAGGAUGAUUCGUUUAUUGUAGAGCUCGCUACUACUGUUGAUCAGCAGAUAAUGGAGCUCGAGAAACUAGAGCAGGGCAUUACAGAUUGUAGGGAAGCAUUGGAGAAGCAUAAAGCUCGUCUUGAGCAGCUUGAGACGGCUUUUAAACUAGUGGAUAGCGUCGAGGAGAAGAAACAACAGAUGCGUUUGACGCGCAAGUUUAGGAAGAUUCGCGGUAUUUUAUGCGAUGCUUUGGUAAUUUUAACAUCAAUUUUAGUCUGGUGGAUCUUGCGUAGCAUUUAG